UCACGUGCCGGAGGGGGAAGAUAAAGCUGUGGCAUCCAGUCACGUGCCGGGGGGCGAGCCAGCCAGCCAACUGUCAACGCUGUGCAGAAGAGGAGCGGCUGGAGGAGGAGCCCACAGACAUGGAGCACGGCGACUACUUCAGCUCCAAAGAUUUUCCAGCAUUGAAAAAUGAUACAUUCCUCAAAGCAGCUUGGGGUGAGGUGACUGAUUAUGUCCCAGUUUGGUGUAUGAGGCAGGCGGGAAGGUAUCUCCCAGAAUUCCGAGAGACCCGAGCGACGCAGGAUUUCUUCACAACCUGCCGCACUCCCACAAUCUGCUGUGAGUUGACAUUGCAGCCUCUCAGACGAUUCCCAUUAGAUGCUGCUAUUAUUUUCUCUGACAUCCUCGUGAUUCCUCAGGCAUUAGGGAUGGAGGUCACAAUGGUUCCAGGAAAAGGUCCAACGUUUCCAGAGCCACUGAAUGAGCCUGCAGAUCUUCAGAAAUUGCAUGAAAACGUGGAUGUAACUCAGGAACUGGCUUACGUGUUUCAGGCUAUAACACUGACCCGCCACAAGCUGAAGGGAGAAGUCCCCCUUAUUGGAUUCUCAGGAGCCCCGUGGACUUUGAUGGCUUACAUGAUAGAAGGAGGUGGUUCAAAUACAAUGUCGAAAGCGAAACGAUGGCUAUAUCAAUAUCCUUCAGCCAGUCAUAAACUUCUGAAAAUUCUCACAAAUGUGAUCAUUGACUAUCUGGUGGGACAAGUAAAAGCAGGAGCUCAGGCGCUGCAAGUGUUUGAAUCUCAUGCUGGCCACUUGGGAUAUGAGCAGUUCAGUGAGUUUUCACUCCCAUACCUCAGAGAGAUUGCCCAACAAGUGAAAGAAAAGUUGAAGGCCUCAGGAAUAAUUCAAGUGCCAAUGAUUGUGUUUGCAAAGGAUGCCCAUUAUGCCUUGGAAGAUAUUGCAAAUUCCGGGUAUGAAGUGGUGGGGCUAGACUGGACGAUUCAGCCUCAGAUUGCACGUGAAAGAACGGGAACAAAAGUGACUCUUCAAGGCAACAUGGAUCCUUGUGCGCUAUACGCACCUAAGGAUAAAAUAAGUGAAAUUGUGAAGAAGAUGAUUGAAGAGUUUGGAACGCAGCGCUACAUUGCAAAUUUGGGGCACGGCAUGUAUCCCGAUAUGGAUCCUGAACAUGUGGCCGCAUUUGUGGAGUCUGUCCAUAAAUAUUCACAAAAGAAAUGAACAAAACAUUUAGUACGCAAAAUAAAGCGGAAUGGAUUCAACAGAAACACAAAGGAACAAGAAAAAGUUGCACUGAAAAUUAGUUGAAUGUUGGGCUCCUCAGGAGAAGAAUAGUUUUCAUGUGAAAUAAAAUUUUAUUUCAGCUAAA